AUGAGAAAGCGCGGAAAGAGGAACCGGGCCCGGGGGCUUCGACCCGCGCCGGCGACCCGGGCCCCAGGGAUCCCCGCGGACGCCGCCCCCGCCCCCCCGUCGGACCCGCGGCGGGGGGAGCCCCCCGUUCCUGGAAACCCGGCGGCGGAGGGGCCGGGAGGCCCAGAGCGGGCCUGGGCCCUACAGGCCGGGGCGGCCCGAGGUCUGGCCUUCGACCCCCGCCCUCCGGUAGCUGCCCCGGUGCUCACCCCCUGCCCCGAGGUGGCUGGGGCCGGGUCUGCCCUCGCCUCGGCCCUCGCCCCCCGUCCUGAGGGCGGCGGACCCCUCCGGCUCCGGGCCGCGGGGAGAGUCGACCCCGGGGGCGCUGCCCCGGCGUGGGAAGGAGAUGGAGGGGCCCCGGGCCGGCCCGGCCCGCCCACCCCCUGGUCUCCUGCUUUUCUGCUGCUGACCCUCGCGGGGGGCCUCGGCUCAGCGUGCCCGAGGACGGUGGCCCAGCGGGUGGGCGAAGCCGCCACCCUCUCCUGCUGCUUCGGCGUCUCGGAGGACCAGCUGGCCCAACACCGCAUCUACUGGCAGAAGUACGGAAAGGUGGCGAUGGCCGCUUCGGGCAAGCGGUACAUCGACGUCGAGUACGAGAACCGGACGGUGUUCGACCGGGCCCACAACCUGUCCCUCAUCAUCCUGCCGCUGCGGGUGUCCGACAGCGGCCCUUACGAGUGCAUCGUCCAGAAGAAGAAGGAGGGUCACUAUGAGCGGAUCCACGGGGCCGAGGUCAAGCUGGAGGUCGUAGCCGACUUCUCCGAGCCCGAGAUCUCCUGGGUGGUCGAAGAGGCGGGGCCCCGCGGGGUGACCUUCACCUGCUCCUCUCACGGCGGCUCCCCCAGGCCCCGGCUGCUCUGGUGGGUCGACGACACCCCCCGGCCGGGCUCCAACACCAGCGUCUCCCAAGACCCCCGCAGCGGGCUCUACGGCGUCACCGGCCAGCUGUGGGACAACGGGACCUCCCGGGUCCGCCUCGUCUGCCUCGUCAGGUUCGGCGCCUCGCAGGUGUCCCGGAACCUCACCUGGAGCCCAGCCGACUUCUCCGAGCCCGAGAUCUCCUGGGUGGUCGAAGAGGCGGGGCCCCGCGGGGUGACCUUCACCUGCUCCUCUCACGGCGGCUCCCCCAGGCCCCGGCUGCUGUGGUGGGUCGACGACACCCCCCGGCCGGGCUCCAACACCAGCGUCUCCCAAGACCCCCGCAGCGGGCUCUACAGCGUCACCGGCCAGCUGUGGGACAACGGGACCUCCCGGGUCCGCCUCGUCUGCCUGGUCAGGUUCGGCGCCUCGCAGGUGUCCCGGAACCUCACCUGGAGCCCAGACCUCCCGAGAGCAAAGCGCUCCCACGCGCUGGUCCUGGUGCUGAGCGGGACGGUGGCGGUCGUCUGCGUGGUGGCCGCCGUCCUGGCGGCCCGCUACCUGUUGAGCCGCGCCCACAAGCCGGCGGGGCCGGGCCCCAAUUCCACCCACCUCGAGCUCCUGGAAGCGGCGCGGGAGUCCAGGACCGGGACGGCGGCGGGAUCUGGAUGCGGAGAGCCCGAAUGAAGGUAUUUCGCUUCCGCCUCGACCCCGGUCACAAGCCCCCGGUCAAACGGUGGUAUCUACUGAGCGCCUGCCGCGUGCCGAGCACCCGGUCCAUCCAGCGAUCCAACUCCUCGAGUCCUUACCGCGGGCGGAGCACCGGACCUCGGUACCCGGAGCGCUCGGGAGCUUCCCUGGGCCUCAGUUCCCCUUUCUGUGAAACGGGGAUCGGGACCGUGACCUCUCCGUGGGGCGGAGACUGCGUCCAAUCCAUCUAUCGCGCGUCUACCCCGGUGCCUGGAACAGUGCCUGGCACCCAUCCAUU